AUUUCUGUGAUAAUUGAUAUGAUUACACUGGAUGAUCAAGUGAUCUCAAUUCAGGUGAAUUUUGUUCCUAAUCAUUUAUAACUAAGCUAUUAAAAGUGAGACAAAUCUAUGCCAUAAUUCAAUUGAACAACUUUAAACAUGCAAGAAAAGAAGCCAAAGUGUUGUGAAUCACAAACUUAUUUAUAUCCCAGUAAAGAACCUUCUUCUAAUGUUUUUUCUUCACGACGAUGUUUAAUAAUAAUUUUAUUCUUGAAUUUUGUUACCAUUUCUAUUAUUACUGGAUACGUUUUGUACAAUGAACGGUUGUUAGAAUCAACAAUUGACAAGCCUUUUGUCGAUUGGCAAAGGGACGACUCAACCCAUUAUAUAGCAACUUAUUACGCUUCAAGCUUAAAUUCAAAUGGAGUUUUUAAGGCACCUCCACCUAGUAAAACUGACUCAACAUCAAAACAAUGUACUUUGGCCGAUGAAAACAAAUUUGAUUGUAAUCCUGAUGAACCUGUUAGCCAACAAGUUUGUGAAUCAAGAGGAUGCUGUUGGGUUCCUGUUACAAUAAAAAAACGUAAUGUGCAAUCUCUCAAUGUACCUCAAUGUUUCUAUCCUAGUGAUUACAAGGGCUAUGAAAUCGCUGAUGUGCAGCAAGAAAAAAACAGUGCAUUGAUCAAACUUGUUCGAAAAGUCGCCUCUGGCUUCCCUCAAGACAUUAGUAAUGUCAGCGUUGAGAUAACUGGACUCGAUGAUGAAAGGCUUCGAAUUAGAUUUGUUGAUGCUGAAAAGGACCGUUUUGAAGUUCCAAUGCCUUUUUUCAAUGUAUCAGAAGCAGAGCAGUUUAACUCAACUCUGUACAAAAUUACAAUUAAUCAGGAUGGAAAACUUCUGGUCAGCCGUACAUCAACUGGAACUGUCAUAUUUAAUGCUGAUCUUUCAACCUUAAUUUACUCUGAUAAAUUUAUUCAAUUGUCAGUCCGUGUUCCUUCUCAAUAUCUUUAUGGUCUUGGCGAACAUAAAGCUUCUUUCAAAAAAGACUUGACUGGUUGGAAUCGAUAUACAAUGUUUGCCCGUGAUAUUGGUCCAACAGAAGGUGUCAAUCUCUAUGGUUCUUAUCCAUUUUACAUAAUGCCUGAAGAUGAUGAUUCAAUGAACGCUCACGGAGUAUUUUUACUUAAUAGCAAUGCUAUGGAUGUUAUAACUCAAUCUACUCCAGCUAUCACCUAUCUAACUAUUGGUGGUAUUCUUGACUUUUUCCUUUUCUUGGGUCCAACGGCAUCACAAGUUGCUAGACAGAACAUCAAUCUUAUCGGUCGACCCGUACUUCAACCUUACUGGUCUUUCGGAUUUCAUCUUUGCCGUUACGGUUACGAUAGUUUGAACAAAACUCGUGAAACAUUGGAACGAAAUUUAGCUGUGGGAAUUCCAAUCGAAGCACAGUGGAAUGAUAUUGAUUACAUGGACCGUUUCAACGAUUUUACUUAUGAUAAAGUCAAUUAUGCCGGUCUAGGCGAUUUUGUCAAAGAGCUACAUUCAAAGAACAUGCAUUAUGUCAUUAUUUUGGAUCCUGGUGUUAGUGCUGCAGAGCCAGCUGGAACUUACCCGCCAUAUGACGAUGGAGUUAAGGCUGAUAUUUUUGUAAAAAAUAGCACCGAUCAAAUUUUUGUCGGCAAGGUUUGGAAUCUUGUGUCCACUGUCUAUCCUGAUUUUACUAAUCCUGCUACAACUGAUUACUGGAAGAACCAAUUAGUUAAUUUGCGAAAGGAAAUUGAUUUUGACGGUAUUUGGAUUGACAUGAAUGAACCAUCCAACUUCUACAAUGGUCAAAUUGAUGGAUGUCCGAACGAUCCUUACGAAAAACCUCCCUAUGUACCGGGUGGAACUGAUCUCAAAACCAAAACACUCUGUAUGAAUGCAAAACAGUACGCUGGCAUUCAUUACAAUGUUCAUAGUCUUUACGGGCUAUACGAAAAUGUUGUCACUUAUAAUGCUGCUCUCGAUAUUUUUAAAGCUCGGCCAUUCAUUCUUUCUCGUUCAACAUAUCCAUCGCAGGGUCAUUAUGCUUCUCAUUGGUCUGGAGAUAUUGAAUCAUCUUGGGAUCAUAUGAAAUAUUCAAUUUCAAACAUGCUUGAGUUCAAUGUUUAUGGAAUCCCAAUGAUUGGAAGUGAUAUCUGUGGUUUCGCUGGAAAUACUGAAGUAGAACUUUGUAUGAGAUGGUCCUCGUUAGGUGCUUUCUACCCAUUCUCACGAAACCAUAAUGAUAAAAAUAAACUCGAGCAAGAUCCAGCCAUUUUAGGAGAAACUGUUGUCGCUGCAGCUAAAUAUGCUUUAGAAGCUCGUUAUAAAAUGUUGCCAUAUCUUUACACCUUAUUUGCUAAAGCUAACAUGAAUGGAGAUACUGUUGUAAGAUCGCUGUUUUUCGAAUUUCCUUUGGAUAAAAAUACUUAUUCAAUUGAAACCGCUUUCCUUUGGGGUUCAAGUUUGUACAUUAUUCCAGUUCUGGAGCCUCAAAAAACGCAAGUUGAUGCUUACUUCCCAAAUGAGCUUUGGUAUAAUUUUGAGGAUAAAAAACUGGCAUUCAACAGUACUGGUGAAAGCAAGACUAUACAAAUUGAUAAUGACAAAAUUGGUCUUUUUAUGCGAGGAGGAUCAAUUGUACCUGUUUACCAAUCUUCAGCAAACACAACCACUGAGCUGAGAAAACAAAAAUACUAUUUAAAUGGCUAUCUCGACAAGUCAGGACAUGCAGUUGGUGAAAUUUACCAUGAUGAUGGUAAAUCAAUUGACAGUAUUGAAAGUGGCAUUUACAUUCACGCAGAUUGUAAAGCUAACAAGGAUCACCUCGUCUGCAAUUAUUUGAAUAUGGCAACAUUUGAUGAUUUUAAUAUCGGAGGUGUUACUAUUUCGGGACUCUCUGAAAAGCCUAAAAGGAUAAAUCUCAAUGGAAAAUCUUUAUCCACUGACAGUUUUACUCAUGACGAUUCUAUACUCACGAUUGAGCUACCUGAAGACUUUAAUUCUUCACAAUCAUUUUCUAUUGACUUCAGUUAUUAAAAAUUGGUUGAUAACUUAUAGAACUUAUAAGAUAAUAUUGACCAAUGGUUGAAUUAUUA